AUGAAUAUUCAUAAAGUUCUUAUAGGACGAUAUUUAUUUAAUUUGUAUUAUGUUGGAAAAGUAUAUAAAACAAUUCUGUUCCAGACAAGUACAUAUACAACAAAAAAAGGAGUUAAACUUUGGAGAGCUGGGUUGAUAUUCUCGUGGCCUACAAUAAUCAAACAUAACAACAUAAAUUCAGAUAAGCGGCCAACUGUUGCACCCACCAUAUUAGAUACUGCUGAUGGAGUAUUUGAUAUGGGGAGAUAUGAAGAAUGUUAUAACAUUCUUAUCAACUGCAAGGAUCCAGAGGAUAUAGAAGUGAAAUGGCGUCUCUGUCGUGUUUUGUAUAAUAUGGCAAAAGAUGCAAAAUAUGAUGAACAAUAUAAAAGGGCCAUAAUAUCUCAAGCGCAUGAAAUAAUUACUUCUGAACUGGAAAGAAAUUGGGAUAAUUUUGCAGUACACAAAUGGUAUGCUUUGACUUUAGACGCCAAAAGUUCUAUUGGAGGUGUAAAAGAGAAAAUAAAACAACUUGAAAAUGUGAAGAAGCAUAUGGAUUUGGCAGUUACAUUAAAUCCAAAUGAUGCCAGUCUGUUGCAUAUGCUAGGAGAAUGGUGUUUUCAAGUUACAGAAUUACCAUGGCAUCAGCGUAAAACCAUUGAGACUUUAUUUGCAAGCUUGCCAUAUUCCACUUAUGAAGAUGCACUUGAAUAUUUUUUAAGAGCUGAGGCAGCACAACCCAGGUUCUACAGUAUUAAUUUGCUUAGGAUUGGAUGUUGUUAUUUAAAGCUUGACAAAGGAGACCAAGCAAAGUAUUAUUUGAAACUUGCUGCAAGCUAUCCUGCAAAAUCAAAUGAUGAUCAUCGAGCUAAUAAAGAAGCGGCAGAGUUAUUAAAAAAAUAAAGUGAUGUAUUUUUGCUUGUA